UGCCUGUGAUCAGCCACUGUUUUCAGCAUGAUGCCAGUAAAACAGCGCAGGUAAAAAUGACCAGUACACCUUCUGUUGUGAUAAUCUUUUUCUUAAGGUACUGGGUUCCGUAUUUCUUGAUUUUCUGGCGCAAAAGGAUGACUACCUUCGGGCGUUGCGAUUAUUACUACGCGAGAUCGUGCGCUCUUCGAUGAAAACCGUCUUUCCUCUCGUCGACUUCUCGCACGCCCUCAUGUUCGGCAUCAGGAAGCUGGUAAACGCUGAAAAGCAAGAAAUUCAUUUCAAGGAGAAACUGGUGCGUGCCAUCGAAGACUUGCUCUGUGUGUGCGCGUUCGCCAGCAUUCCACCUCAAAUCAGGGAACUCAUGCUACCAAAUGUUCGUAGCGAUAAGAAAGUCUGUGCAGAUGAAAACUUGACGGCUGCCUUUCGGAAGCAGCUGAAGCGGUUUCAAAUCGAAUGCUUGAUUUGGCUAAGAUCUGUCUUACCAACGUUUCUUAAAUUAACGAAGGAGGAGUACAUGAAAAGUUAUUACCAUUUGUUGUUUCUCGAUAGUCCUGAUUCGUACUCUAGCAAGGACAGUUGGCCUUCAGAAUCUGAAAAAAGGGACCAAUUCGAGUCCGGAGCGAGAUUCGUAAUGCUCUUGCGUUUUAAAGUGGUGAAUUAUCUGUGGGAAGAGACAUACUUGGUGGCGUUGCCCCCUCCCCCGGCCGACUCUUCUACGACCCUCGAAUGUGGAGCCAAAACAGAUUUAUACCUGAAAAUCAUCGCGGAUUUUGGCGUUUCUGAGGAAAUUUUGAAAGAUAUACUGUCGACGCCCCUGAAAGGCGAUAUAUCAUUGUCGUCUAUGGUAGUAAUUGAAAUUACCGAGCAACUUGUGCGAAGAAUUCUCUGUUGUUCCAUAGACAAUUCCAUUGUCCUGAACGACUGUUCGCUCGUCGACCUUCUUUUUGAUCUUUGUCUCUACAGACCUCCUGAAAAUAUUGCUCUGCCCACUCGUUACAAACCUGUUCCGAUGGCGAUCACUACUCCGUACUGGAAAGCAUGGCUGAUUCUCACACUUAUGGCUUGUCAUAACCCCCGCGUAUUCGGUAACAUAAUGUGGACUCAUUAUCCAACUGGUCGCGUUCGCAAAAAAAACCAUCUGGAGAAGCAAAGCCUGUAUACCAAGGCUCUUCCGGAUAUCAGUAUUCCAGACCAUGUCGAGACGCGCAAGACCAGCGAUUCGUCUAAGAAAGCCCAUUUCAGCAGCUUGUACCCUGGCUCGAAAUUUCUCAGUGAUGGUCCACGAUUCACGGCCGUAGGUAAGGCCCUGGAUAUCCCGAACGACGACCGAGUCAAUUUAAUGUUCGACGACGGCAAUGCCGUGGCGGACACGUGGCUAAGUUUUACGAAGACCUCGCUAGGUGGAUACCCUCGAAAGCCACCGCCUCUGAUUAUUGAGCAACUAAAGUUAUGCAGUCAACAGAUGAACCUGAGACUCAGACUUUGUUCGUCGAGAAAUCCUGAUUUCCUUCUCGCUAUCAUCAAUCGCCAGGGCGCGAGCCAGACGGUGCCGUGGCUUUCGGCGAUCAUCGAACAAAACGAGGGCUCCGUUGCUUUGUUUCCUGUCGAAUGUCUGUGUGAAUUUCUAUUCAAUCAGAUCGACGUUCACCGUCAGAAUAUUCAACGAUGCGCUUAUUUUACUUGCAUACCAUCUGAGGAACAACAGACUUCCGGCUUUAAGCGUAUUCAAAAUCUGGCAUCGAAAUUGCGCCUCAUUGUCAUUGGCGAACAGGCUGACACUUCUGAAUCCGCGAAGGUGCUGCUAUAUUUCCUAAAUCGUUUGCACUCAGCAGCGAGCAGUGACCGAGCUGCUGUCAUUGAAGCUUUGAGCAUGAUCGUUUCCUUGUCUCAUUCUCCAACAGAAAAUGAAGCUACUUCGCCAUUCGUUAAUUCUUCGUUGCUUGCUCGUUACGGGUGGCUGCUGCGUGACCUUCCAAGGUUGCCUUCCUUCCACAAAAUCAGCAAGGCCACUACGGAAGCUUUGCUUCAGUGCUUCUUGGUCGAAACUGACAUCUCACUUCUUCACGCGUAUUUCAACUUCAUAUCCCUUAUUAUGCAUAAAAAAGAACAAGAUCUUGAAUCUUUUUGUCUGGUAUUCGCCAAGCUCAUUUGCGACAGACAGCACAUCUUCUCUGCGCUUGUUCCUGUCUUCCAGACCGACUGGCAACUGUUUCCUGUCGAAGAGCGAACUUUGAGCAUCUUGUUGGAGGUGUUUUCGCGUUACUUGAAGCAGACUUUCCAAACGCGUACUGAUCAUUUCACUUGGUCUGCCAGUCAAGACAAGUUUCUUGUUCAGUGGGGUGAAAAUAUGUGCGCUACUCUUGACGCCCAAGCAGUCACCGCCAUGUUGAUGCUCCUGACGCCUACGCCUCCAAGGGAUCGUGAGUAUUACGACCAGCUGCUUGAUUCGUGGUUCACCGGAACACCAAAACCUACUGUUUAUCUGCUGGAUACCACCGAGGAGGCAGAGUUGAUUACCGACCAGCUUUCCGUUUUUAUGCUGAGGAGUUGCAACGAAGACCUAGUUAAGUGUGGUACGUAG